AUGAUUAACUCCAAGAAGUUCUUACAAAUGGUCAAGAAAUGGCAAAAGAUGGCCAUUUUGGGAAGAAGAAGGAUCAUCCAAUUCUACACAUGUCAACAAGAACCAGUGAUGAUGCUUGCUCCAUCAGACAAUUGCAACCCAUCAAUUGCGAAUAGAGGCCAUCCUAUUUGUGUGUUCCUUGAUGGGAAGAGAUUCAUGAUCCCUCUCAGUUGUCUGAGCCAUAGUCUCUUAAGAGAGCUCUUCAGAUUAUCUGAAGAAGAGUAUGGCUUGCCAAGCAAUGGCCCAAUCACUUUGCCUUGUGAUGCCUCUUGCAAGGAACAUAUCAUCUCUCUAGUUCGGUGCGAGGCAUAUAUGGACGCAGAGGAGCCUGGUAGAUGCUCAAGGUCUCCUACAUCGUUGCGGCAACAAAAUCGGCAACUGUGCUUGUCUGUGUCUGUUUAUGAUUUCUGA